AUGGGAACCUGGCCAGCCGCGAGCGGCGUUUCCUUGCGAUGUGGCCCGGAGCCGAGCGCCCCCAUUCACCCCUUCUCCCACCCUCCCCAGUUGUGGUGUGAGCGGGUGAAUCCAGUGAACAAGGCUGCGCUGGAGGCUUGGGUGAGGGAAACGGGGAUCCGACUGGUGCAAGUGAACGGGCAGAGGAAAUACGGCGGUCCACCCCCAGGCUGGGUGGGCAGCCCCCCACCCGCAGGCUCAGAGGUGUUCAUCGGUCGCCUGCCCCAGGACGUGUAUGAGCACCAGCUGAUCCCACUGUUCCAGCGAGUGGGGCGUCUCUACGAGUUUCGCCUUAUGAUGACUUUUAGUGGCCUGAACCGAGGCUUUGCCUACGCUCGAUACAGCUCCCGCCGCGGGGCCCAAGCCGCCAUCGCCACGCUGCACAACCACCCGCUUCGGCCUGCCUGCCCACUGCUGGUGUGCCGGAGCACCGAGAAGUGCGAGCUGACCCUGGAUGGGCUGCCCCCGGCUCUGAGCCACCAGGCCUUGCUUCAGGCGCUGCAGCCUCUAGGCUCCGGUCUGCAGGAAGCACUGCUGCUGCCCAGCCUUCUGCGCCCCCACGCACAGAUCGCCCUGCUCAAGUUUGGCUCCCACCGGGCUGCGGCCAUGGCCAAGAAGGCUCUGGUAGAAGGGCGCUCAAAGCUCUGUGGCGAGCAGGUGACAGUAGAAUGGCUGAAGCCCGACCUGAAGCAACGACUCCGACAGCAAACCGAAGGUCCUUUGUUUCGGGGCUUGGGGAUUGAGAGCAGCCGUAGGAUCCUACCUGAGAAAUUGGGGACCCUGAUGCCCCCUAGCUGUGCCCAGACCACCCUUGAAACAGUGUGCCAACAGAGGCACCUAGGCAUGCCCGUGUUCCUCACUAAGUGCUUGGGAGCUGGGCCUGCAGGCUGGCACCGCUUCUGGUACCAGGUGGUGAUCCCUGGUCACCCCAUGCCUUUCAGUGGCCUCAUCUGGGUAGUUGUAACAAAGGAGGGACCAAGCGGACACGAAGUUGCCAAGAAUGCUGUGUCCCUUCGCCUCCUAGAAGCAUUAGGUGAGCCAAGGGAAAAUGAGAGCCUAGGGUGGGAGUGGUUUUCCUGCUAAAUAGUUGUUUCUUUUUUCUGUAAUGUCAUAGCCAUCCUGGUCAGUUGGUCACCAGUUAGCUGCAGAGGUAGGGUAAAGAGCUCCUUCGUCCUUCAAGAAGGGCAGGGCCCUGAAGCUGGACGAAAUGGAACACACUGUACCUGGCUGAUCUAGAAGGAAAACCUCCCCUUGUUCCCCUGUUCUGUUUCCUUUAUGCCAGGUACAUCCCUUCCACCCAACUAAUCCUUAUGUGUUUAUGGUUCUGUCCCUCAAGCUGUUUACUUAGGCCCAAAGUCAACUUUUUGGCCCCUAUGCCCAUUACUGUUCUUCCCCCUUGGUAUUCUGUGUUGGUGUAAGUUUAAAUCUGUUUUUCUUCCAUUUAAUUAAAAACCUAAAGUUGGUAUAUGUA